AUGAUCGCGAUUCCUGAACAGUUGUAUAAGCGGUACGAUGGUGACAUGACGGUACUAUUCUUUAGUAAAGCUGUAGGGCAGUGACACUCAACAGUAUUUGUGAAUAGUGUUUAAACGGAUUUGUUAAAUAAGUCAGAAACAUUAAUUCGUUUAGUAAAACACAUUAGCAACGCAGGUAAAAACCUAAAAGUGACUUGAAAGCAACUUCAUGCAAAGAUGUCGAGUGUAACAUUGUAUUCAUAUAAGUGAUUCAUAAUUAUGCGGUGGUUCCGAAAACAAGAAGAAUCGCCGAGAUUGCUAAGUUUGUCACCGUUAAGGGUGGUUGAUCCCAGAAAUGACGCUUUAAAUCCAUCAGUUGAGACAUCUGAAAAUAACAAUUCCGAACUUAGUAUUGCAAGACCAAAUACUAAACAUAGAUCUCGUAUAGAUACCACACCGAAUUCAUGGGCACGAAGGCAAUAUAAUAAAAGCAACACUAAUUGCUAUAAUGUGAAAGACAGCGUCGUGAUAAUAGAAAAAUCGGAGAAGAAGAGAAUUAAAUCGCAAUCCAGGGAUAGUUGUUCAAGUAACAGUAAUUAUAGGGAAAAGAAAAAUCCGUUAUUAGAUAAAGUAAAACAUACCAGAUUAUCAUGUUUUAAAUCGAAUUCUAAUACUUCAACUAACAAUGACUUGCCCUCAUGUAGCUCAGUUAGCACUAAAGAUUCUUUACCAAAUACCGCAAAACUUAGUAAAAAUGUAGAUAGGAUAGAUGUGGAUUUUGUAUAUGAAAAAGAUAAUAUAGAAUGCGAGAAUAUAUCGAGAUCGUCUUGUUUCGCUGCUAAGUUGCGGGCAAUGUCUGAAAAGUAUCUGCAGGCAUCAACAAAUAAAUUUUUUACGAAGUUGUAUAAAAAUCACCCAGAUGCGUUAAAUGAUUCAGUUAAUUCGAAACACGCGCGGAAGAAGAUAGGAAAAAAACGCAGCUUUUCCUAUGGCGCAUUACCAGAUUUAGAGGUUUUCCAAGAAUCGAAUAAAUUACUUUUCCAAGAUGGUGCUCAGCAUAAAAGCGACGAGGAGGAUUAUCUACCUUUGGUGGACAAUGAAGAUUCGGACAGCGGAAUUCUUCUAAAUGACUCGUUUUCAUCAGGGUUUGAAUUUCCCCUAGACUUAACGACAUCCACUUCGGAAUAUACUUCCAAUGCGGAGGUACUUGCAAAAGUGAAAAGGAGAUCGAAGAAAAAACCUCAACGAGCCCUCUCUCUAGACAGACAAGAUUUAGUUAAAAAAUCUUUGUGUAAUGAAGGUUUAUGCACCGAAGAUAUUUUACCUAGUCAAAAUAAAAACAUUAGAAUAGUUCAGUUCUCGAAAGAGCAAGCUCAUGAAGGAUUAGGAAUUUUUAUAACGAAAAGCAAACAAAUUUCUCACGGAUAUAUUGUGGCACACGUUGUACCUGAUGGAGUGGCUUCAAGGGAAUCCCGCCUCUUAAUAGGAGACGAAAUAGUCAGUAUAAAUGGGACUCCAAUAUCAGGGUUAACCAUGAGUGAGGCGAGACUUUGCUUAUCCGUAUCGAACACGGACUUGGAGCUCGUCGUAAUUCGCACCACAAUGAAAGAGAGUUCUGUCGAUUCUUCCGAAAAUGCAGCUUUAAAUAGGUACUCGCUUGCAGCUAGUCCUUCGUGUAAACGUCAGUAUUACUUUCAGAAGAACAGUACUGUCCAUGGAAGCUAUAGCCGUGUUUUAAGAAAAAAUUCGAAUCAGAAAAAUAACGAAUCUCUGCCAAGUAGUCCAAACUCAAAAGAAUCGACAAAAAAAAUUGAGGUAGGAGCGACAACUAAUUUUUGUACAUUGCCGCGACGGCCUUGUUCGAAUAUCUGUUCCUUUCACACCGUCACCUUGGAGAAGGGUGCCGGGAAAAAGUCACUGGGUUUCACUAUUGUUGGAGGCAGAGAUUCGCCGAAAGGCGCUUUGGGGAUUUUUGUCAAAACAAUUAUGGUUAACGGCCAAGCAGCUGAGGAUGGGAGGUUAAAAGCAGGAGAUGAAAUUUUGGCAGUAAAUGGUCAAGUAUGCCACGACAUAUCGCACGCUGAUGCUGUUCUAUUGUUUAAGAAUGUUAAAAGCGGUCCCAUUACUCUACAUAUCUGCAGAAGGAAGAAAACGAAAGUUUCGUCCAAAGCUAAAUCCUGCACCAGCAUAUCUACGCCAAACUAACGUUUUUGGAAAUAUGAUGAAGUGGCCAAAUAAUAUAAUAUACACUAUGAGAAACAAGCAAUAUGUAUUUUGAUAUUGAUUAUUAUAUAUCGUUAUUAUCAUAUUCAUUCAUUGAAAAGUUUAAGUUAUAUGUUAUCACUUUGUGCAGGGUAUUUCACACUUCCCAUCCUAGGUCUGCUACAAGAAAAAUAAGGAAAAUAGAAGUUUAAAUGCGCUUCUUCAGAAAGGAUCUGCAACCGAACACAUAUUUAUCAACAAGUGUUGAAAUGACUUCAGCUAUAAUUUUUUUCUCAGGAACUUCCGAAUUUUCUGAUAGAUUAAGUCAUUGUCAACUAUAAAAUCUUGAAGGACUAUAAUUCAUACUAAAUAUAUAAACUUGUGUUUAAAAUUAACUGUUUAGAAAUAUGUUUAUUUUAUCCACGUCAUGUGAAAACAAAGUACGUCCCUGGAAUGUACGAUUUACUGUCGGACCUUAGAACAAAACUUAAUUUUUAUUGUUAUAACAUUUCAUUUAAACACAAAAAUUAAAAGAACGAUAAAGUUUGCUAGUAAAAAAUACUGUUUUUCUAGAUAGCACGGCAAAAAACGCUCAUGGGAAACACGUAAAUAUGUUUUCAAACGUAGGUGGAAUAUCUCGUCUGGCGUAAUAGUAUCUUGCUUAUUAUUUAACCCGCACGUGCGUUGGAAACAUGCCCGUUAAACAGCAUAUCAGUGCGUUACUGAGAUAAUGCAAUAAGUGUGCGAUUGCUAUUUUAAUUUGUCGCAAAAAUUGAUAAUUUUUCAAUAAAAAUUUAGUGAAAUCGAAUUUUUCGAAUAUGCGUACUGUUUUCAGUGACGGCUCGUGAAAAGUAAAGGGGUUAUAUUUUGGUAAAGAGGCACGGAACCCAUACCGUUUUUUUCGUCAACAUAAUGUUCUUACAUUCUUUUUAAAGCCU